CGGAGCCCAGGAGCCCAGGAGCCCCGAGCGCACCCCAGAGGGCGGGCGGGCGGUCCGGCCAGUUUCGGGCCGGCGCUGUCCCCGCCGCCGCCGCCGCUGGCCGCCGGGGGAAGAGAUGGCGGCGGGGCCGGAGCCCGAGCCGGAGCGGGGCGCCCGGAGCCUCGUCCGCGCCGCCUCCUUGUGGCUCGGCUGCCUCCUGCUGCUGCUCGGGCGCCGGGACCCGGCCCUGGCCGCCGCCGCUGCUUCCCCGGCAGGCAGAAGCAGUCCGCAGCCGCCGCCGCCCCCAGGAGCCAUUGUGAGAACGUUUACUCCCUUUUAUUUUGUCGUGGAACCAGUGGAUACCCUUUCAGUUCGAGGAUCUUCUGUUAUUCUAAACUGUUCCGCAUACUCAGAACCUUCCCCAAAAAUUGAAUGGAAAAAAGAUGGAACUUUUUUGAAUUUGGUGUCAGAUGACCGGCGUCAGCUACUGUCAGAUGGAUCUUUGUUAAUUAAUAGUGUGGUGCAUUCCAAACACAACAAGCCUGAUGAAGGAUAUUAUCAAUGUGUGGCCACUGUGGAAAGCCUUGGAACCAUCGUAAGCAGAACAGCCAAGCUCACAAUUGCAGGUCUUCCCAGGUUUGCCAGUCAGCCAGAAUCCUCAUCAGUCUAUGCUGGAAAUAGUGCAGUGCUCAGCUGUGAAGUCAAUGCUGAUUUGGUCCCAUUUGUGAGGUGGGAACAGGAUCGACAGCCACUUGUUUUGGACGACAGAGUCAUGAAACUCCCAAACGGAGCUCUGGUUAUCAGCAAUGUUACAGAAGGAGAUGGAGGGCUUUAUCGUUGCAUAAUUGAAAGUGGUGGACCGCCUAAGUACAGUGAGGAGGCUGAGCUGAAAGUGCUUCCAGAUCCUGAGAUUCCAUCCAGUUUGGUGUUUUUGAGCCAACCUUCUCCACUAAUCAAAGUUAUUGGGCAAAGUGCAAUCUUGCCAUGUGUUGCAUCAGGAGUUCCUACACCUGUCAUCAGAUGGACAAAAAAUGAAGAGACCCUUAAUCCAGAAAGCUCUGAAAGGUUGAUGCUGCUGGCAGGAAGUAACUUGGAAGUCAGUGACCUCACAGAGGAAGAUGCUGGGACCUAUGCCUGCAUUGCUGACAAUGGGAAUGAGACAAUUGAGGCUCAAGCAGACCUUACAGUUCAAGCUUCACCAGAAUUCCUGAAGAAGCCUGCUAAUAUAUAUGCACAUGAGUCUAUGGAUAUUGUGUUUGAAUGUGAAGUGACUGGGAAACCCACACCAACUGUAAAAUGGGUUAAGAAUGGUGACAUGGUCAUCCCAAGUGAUUACUUUAAGAUUGUCAAGGAACAUAAUCUUCAGGUUUUGGGUCUGGUGAAAUCAGAUGAAGGAUUUUAUCAGUGCAUUGCAGAGAAUGAUGUUGGAAAUUCACAGGCUGGAGCUCAGCUAAUAAUCCUUGACCAUGAUGUUGCCAUCCCAACAUUACCUCCCACUUCACUGACCAGUGCCACUACUGACCAUCUAGCACCAGCCACAGCGGGACCGCUACCUUCAGCCCCGAGGGACGUCGUGGCCUCGCUCGUUUCUACUCGCUUCAUCAAACUGACUUGGCGAACGCCGGCCUCGGAUCCUCCUGGAGACAACCUCACCUACUCUGUGUUCUACACCAAGGAGGGGAUCAAUCGUGAAAGGAUUGAAAAUACCAGCCAUCCAGGGGAAAUGCAGGUGACCAUUCAAAAUCUGAUGCCAGAGACAGUGUACGUCUUCAGAGUUGUGGCACACAACAGACAUGGUUCUGGAGAGCGGUCGCUUCCUCUGCGAGUAGAGACUCAGCCUGAGGUUCAGCUCCCGGGCCCAGCACCUAACAUCCGAGCAUAUGCUAGCUCACCUACCUCAAUCACCGUCACAUGGGAAACACCUUUGUCUGGCAAUGGGGAAAUUCAGAAUUACAAGUUGUACUACAUGGAAAAGGGGACAGAUAAUGAGCAGGAUGUUGAUGUUGGAAGUCGCUCCUACACCAUUAAUGGAUUGAAAAAAUAUACAGAGUAUAGUUUCCGAGUAGUAGCCUAUAAUAAACAUGGUCCUGGAGUCUCCACACAAGAUGUUGUUGUUCGAACAUUAUCAGAUGUCCCCAGUGCUGCUCCUCAGAACCUGUCCUUAGAAGUGAGAAAUUCCAAGAGCAUUGUGAUUCACUGGCAGCCCCCUCCAGCAGGCGCACAGAAUGGGCAAAUUACUGGCUACAAGAUUCGCUACAGGAAAUCCUCUCGCAAAAGUGAUGUUACAGAGAGCGUUGGAGGAACACAGCUGUUCCAGUUAAUUGAGGGUCUUGAUCGGGGUACCGAGUAUAACUUCCGAGUGGCUGCACUUACAGUCAAUGGUACGGGACCUGCUACUGAUUGGAUGUCUGCAGAAACAUUUGAAAGUGAUCUAGAUGAAACGCGUGUCCCUGAGGUGCCCAGUUCUCUCCACGUCCGCCCACUCAUCACUAGUAUCGUCGUGAGCUGGACUCCUCCAGAAAAUCAAAACAUUGUGGUCAGAGGCUACGCGAUCGGCUAUGGCCUGGGCAGCCCUCACGCUCAGACCAUCAGAGUGGACUACAAGCAGCGUUACUACACGAUUGAGAACCUGGACCCAAGCUCCCACUAUGUAAUUACCCUGAAAGCCUUUAAUAAUGUGGGUGAAGGCAUCCCACUGUAUGAGAGUGCGGUUACCAGACCCCAUACAGAUACUUCUGAGGUUGAUUUAUUUGUUGUUAAUGCUCCAUACACUCCAGUGCCAGAUCCCACCCCUAUGAUGCCACCGGUGGGAGUUCAGGCUUCCAUACUGAGCCAUGACACCAUAAGGAUUACGUGGGCGGACAACUCACUGCCAAAACACCAGAAGAUCACAGAUUCGCGGUACUACACAGUUCGAUGGAAAACCAAUAUCCCUGCUAACACCAAGUAUAAGACUGCAAACGCAACAACUUUGAGUUAUUUAGUGACUGGACUAAAGCCAAACACGCUGUAUGAGUUCUCUGUGAUGGUGACUAAAGGUCGGAGAUCCAGCACAUGGAGUAUGACCGCUCAUGGAACCACCUUUGAACUUGUUCCUACUUCUCCACCCAAAGAUGUGACAGUAGUGAGUAAAGAAGGAAAACCUAGGACUAUAAUCGUGAACUGGCAGCCUCCUUCUGAAGCUAAUGGCAAAGUUACAGGCUAUAUCAUUUACUACAGUACAGAUGUGAAUGCAGAGAUUCACGACUGGGUUAUUGAACCAGUGGUGGGAAACAGACUGACUCACCAGAUCCAGGAGUUAACGCUUGACACGCCAUACUACUUCAAAAUCCAAGCCCGCAACUCCAAGGGCAUGGGGCCAAUGUCUGAAGCAGUCCAGUUUCGAACACCUAAAGCGGAUUCUUCUGACAAAAUGCCUAAUGACCAAGCUUCAGGGUCUUCAGGAAAAGGAAACAGGCCUCCAGACAUGGGAUCUGAUUACAAGCCUCCGAUGAGCGGUAGUAACAGUCCUCAUGGAAGUCCCACCUCCCCUUUAGACAGUAAUAUGCUCUUGGUCAUCAUAGUCUCCAUUGGUGUCCUCACCAUUGUGGUGGUGGUGAUCAUCGCUGUGUUCUGCACUCGUCGCACCACCUCGCACCAGAAAAAGAAACGAGCUGCUUGCAAAUCUGUGAAUGGCUCCCAUAAAUACAAAGGAAAUUCCAAAGACGUCAAGCCUCCAGACCUUUGGAUCCAUCAUGAGAGGCUGGAGUUAAAGCCUAUUGAUAAGUCUCCAGACCCAAACCCAAUUAUGACUGAUACCCCAAUUCCACGAAACUCCCAAGAUAUCACCCCUGUGGAUAAUUCCAUGGACAGCAAUAUCCAUCAAAGAAGAAAUUCAUACAGAGGGCAUGAAUCAGAAGAUAGUAUGUCUACACUGGCUGGAAGGCGAGGAAUGAGACCAAAAAUGAUGAUGCCUUUUGACUCUCAGCCACCCCAGCCCGUGAUUAGUGCCCAUCCCAUCCAUUCCCUCGAUAACCCUCACCAUCAUUUCCACUCCAGCAGCCUCGCCUCUCCGACCCGCAGCCAUCUCCACCUUCAGGGCAGCCCAUGGCCCAUUGGCACAUCCUUGUCCCAUUCAGACAGGGCUAAUUCUACAGAAUCAGUUCGGAAUACCCCCAGCACUGACACCUUGCCCGCUUCCUCAUCUCAGACGUGCUGCACUGACCAUCCGGAUCCCGAGGGAGCCACCAGCUCUUCCUAUUUGUCCAGUGCCCAGGAAGAAGGCUCUGGCCCCACCCUCCCUACGGCCCACGUCCGCCCCUCUCACCCGCUGAAGAGCUUCGCUGUGCCAGCAGUCCCACCCCCCGGGCCUGCCGCCUAUGACCCCGCCUUACCAAGCACCCCUCUGCUGUCCCAGCAAGCUCCUAACCAUCACCUUCACUCAGUGAAGACGGCGUCGAUCGGGACGUUGGGGAGAAGCCGGCCUCCUAUGCCUGUGAUCGUUCCCAGUGCCCCUGAUGUGCAGGAGACCACCAGGAUGCUGGACGACUCAGAGAGUAGCUACGAGCCGGAUGAGCUGACCAAAGAGAUGGCCCACCUGGAAGGACUAAUGAAGGACCUUAAUGCCAUCACCACGGCGUGAGCGCCUGCGCAGGACGGGACUCCACACCCGCUCCCGCAGUCGGGGACUUGGCCUUGGAAACAAGGAAUUGUACAGAGUGAGAGGACAGCACCGCGGAGCGCCGGGGUCGAGGACGCGCCGGCCGGGGCUUCGGCGCGGGGGCCAGGGCGCCAGGGGGCCGACCCCUGCUCCGCCGGCGUGGAUGGAGUCACGGCCGGGGCAGAUUCGGGCCCUCUGCCCCCGACGCCGCGUGGAGCGGGCGCCCGCGCCCCGGCGGAGCGUCCUGGGGAAGGUCACGGAGAUGCCCACCGGGCUUCGUCUCAGCGCUGCGAGCGCACCACCUUUAUAAAGUGUUGGACAUUGGCAUUUGUGUACAAUUUUAUUUGUUUCUUAUUUUAUUUUACCUUUUUUUUAAGGGAAAGCCUUUUAUGUAAUCCAAAAAAGAAAGAAAAAUUAGCGUGUUGUUUCCACAGCCUGGCCUGACAUUUGACUGCUUGUUUCUCUUGUGUAUGGAAAAUCAUUGACAGUGUGGCUUGUUCUGGGGGUUCUGAGUUUGUUUUUUAUUCUGAGUAAUCUGUCCUCUGCCAACAGUCAGUCCAUCACUUGGGAGGGAGGGGGGCCAGUGGGAGGGAUGUUGCAUUGCUAUUUGUAAGCUUUUUUAUUAUUAUUAUUUUUUUAUUAUAAUUAUUAAAGGCCUGACUUUCUCCUCUCAUCACUGUGAGAUUACAGAUCUAUUUGAAUGAAAUGUAACAUUGAAAGAUUUGUCACUUUUUGUGCAGUUUCAGUAUUGGGCGAGGAUGGGUAGGGCAGGGUGGGAUUAGGGUGGGUGGGAAGAAAUGAAGGGCAUGGAAGGGCCCACAGAAGGUCCCAUGAGUGUCUCCGUUUUUGUCCUCUCUUCCAGAAUCCUGCAGAAUUUGGAAGCAUUUUUUUUAAUGUUCUUCCUCGUCACAUCACAGCCUCUAUUGUUGUAAUUUGCAGUCCGUUUCAUUCGAAUUUUGUUAAGAAAUGCUCUUCACAUGUGGCCGGCCUUCGAAUUCAGGCAGCUUUGCCAUAGUGAUCCCUCAUGUUUAAUGCCUCUUUUUUCAGCUAAGAACUCCACGUCGGAAAUUAGUUGAAGCUCCAGGGGGCUGCAUUUCCAAGCUGGGAAAGUUAGAAGGAAUAAGACAAUGCAGUGGCGACGUUUCCAGGUUCUAGCAAAGCUUUACUUACCUGCAAAAUUUGACAGCAGAUUUCUAGAAAUGUCCUAGAUGACAUCUCCAAGAUGAAGGUCAGCAUAGUUGACCUCCUUGAUCCUGUCCAGCUUUUGGUCAGCAAUGCUGAUUUUUAGUUAUCUUUCAGAUAGAAAGGGAGCAAGACCUCGAAGCAUAGAGCCCGUGCCUCUUAAUCCAGGCUGCUUGCAACAAGGUCCCUAAAGAAGCCAGAGCUUAAACCACCUGCAGAGUGAGCGAAGUUUCGAAAUCCAAGUCUUACCCUUCUGCUCUUGAGACUGAGGAAAGGAGAGCAUGAAUGGAGCAGAGCUGCAGAGGCGGUCAGCCUGGUAGAAUUUCUUCCUCUCCUAUUACCCUUUUCUAAGUUCCCCUUACCCACCCUUUAGCCAGAACCAGAGAAAAGAAGUCUUUCCCUGAACAUCCAUGUCAGCUGUGUUGCAAUCUUUUGUUGCGAGGAAAACAAAGACAUGAAAGUUUCCAUGAAGAACGGAUUUGGAAAUCAAAUACCCAGUGAGGUCUUGCUUCCUCAGUGUCUUGAGUGAAGGGGGAAGAGGUCUCUAGCAGCUUGCUCCACGAGUAGGGGCUGCUUCCAGCCACGCUCUGACCCUCACCCGAUGCUUCAGCAGCUGAGGUUUAGUGUAUCACUAGGAAUGAGGGCAGUGAACUCCUUUCUGCCCUGUAACUAACCAACCGUGGGAGAUGACGACCAGCGAUCAAGACAGCCAGGGAGGGCGGCACCCACCAAUCAGCCCACCAGCCCGCUUGGCUUGGGUUUUAAACUUCCUUGUAAAAAGAUUUUCUCCUCAUUUUCUGGAUUUUUUGUGCACUUUUCUAAAUGAUGAACUCUUUGUUAUCCUGAGGCAAUGAAAAGUACAGCAUUGGAACCCCCAUCUCUGGACCAGCUGGUCCCACACUCCAUCGACAGUAUUCAGGAAUAUCGCUAAGCUAGAAGGUUGAAAAGAACAUCCAGCCCUCUCUUUGCUCUGGUGAGGGUAGAAGAGGGUGAUAGUGUUUACCUUGCAGGUGUCUUAACUUUUUGCCCAAAGAAAUGUACACCCAGGAUUUCAAAAUGGUGGCUUUGUGAAUAUUGCUGCACUGUUGUAACAUCCCUCGGGAUUGUUAAGACUGCCAUGAAAUUGGGAAGGGGGCCAAGGUGGGGCGUAUUUUUCAAUGACGGCUUAUUUUUAAACAACUGUUCAAAGUUGGUUUUUUUUAAAGGUUAAACAAGAAAACAAAAAAUGUUUUAUUCUAGUUAGCGUAUAUUCUGUAUUACACUUUUUUCACCAUUUAAUACAUUUUCUUACAUUAUCCUGUGAUUUUUGAACCUGAAACAUUGUAUAUGUUCUACGAUGAUGGUUAAGCUGUGGAAUAGCAGCUUUCUUCAUAACAAUUUGAAGCAAAUCUGUAUAUUGAUUUAUUAAUCUGAUGUAGGAGAAGCUGAAGGACUGUGUAGAAUUCUUCCUUUCUGUAUACAUUUUUCUUUUCUUUCUUUCUCCUCCCCUCCCCAGCUUUUCUGUAGUAUAUGCUGUAUACUCCAUGGCUUUUUAAAAAACAAUUUCAUGUUUAUUAUUUAGUAUUGGAAAUCCAAUACACUUUUUUUAUCCAAUCAAA